CUGCAUUGAUUCUCUUUCUUCAUCAUCACUCUUUCCGAUUGACCCUGUCCGAAACCAGGUGCUCGCUGUGUCGAGCGAGUGGUGGCUUCAAAAGCAGUCACAUCAAGCCCGAGCGCUGCGUCGUCUAUGAUGACGGCCUCGCAAGAAUUUCCUCCGACUGAGGGCGAGCCUGGGGUCAGGGUGGACAAGGAAUCUGAGGCGGAGUCGGUGGCACAACAUGAGGCAGACGAACGAGAAGAGCUUGAACAUCUCUACAGCAUCUUCGAGCCAGCUUCCAUGGCGGCGAGCGGUAGCCUCAGGCAGGACAGACCACGAUGGGAAGAUCCAGCAUGGGUUGCACGAAUUAAAGCUCGGAGACAAGCAAUGGGCGGACAACUGUUCUUCGACAGACUGCUUGACCUCGCGGGCAUCAAAGACUUUGAGCUCUACCCUCCAACAUCUCAGCCUAUGUUGCACACCUUGCUCGAUCGCGUUCACCUCACACCUCUUUUCGACAAGGCGAAGAAAGAUUCCUUGGUUUUUUACCUUUUGCUCGCUCUCUACCCAGUGGAAGGGUUCCCAUCGCCCCAGUCGCCUUCGUCAGAUCGCGAACAGGCUGCAGGCUCGCUCGCUUUUUCUCAGAACGUUCGCCAACUCAAGCAAAUUCGAGCGAGAAGUAGGGCAUACCGCUUCGCCUCGCUCGAGCUCUUAUCUUCAUCACUUACCCGGCCGAUUAAGGCGUACUUUCUUCUAGAUUCGGGCCUGUUUCUCGAGGCUUCAAGCUUCAUGGACGAUGGCGAGAUCGAGCCCACUUUCGUCAAGUCUAUCCUUGAGGUCAUGCUGCGAGCCCCCGCUGAUUACAGCGGGCCAGACUCUGCGCCAGAGAGUCGCAUGCCGACGUGGCCAUACGGAGCCUAUAGAGCCAAGGCACUCUCCCAUACCGUAGAGGCCCUCAAUUUGGAUCUCCUUGCGAAUUGGAGAGCGGUUCUACAGGAGUUUGCCUUGGAAGCGAGCGACGAGGCAGGUGUGCGGGAAGAUACUCAAACUGAACUAUCCGCUUGCGAGGACAGCCUUGUGGGAUAUUCGGAGGCAAUCGCCUUCGAAAAAGGCGCUUGGAUUGCGUGGGAAAGCAUUGUCGAGGCGCUGCCGGCCGUCGGCGAGCAGGUAAUCAACGCGUUGGGAUUGGAUCUCGACAAGGAGGAUGAAGCACAAGUAGCUGACCGUGUCUUUGUAUCGACCACACGGCUGCGCGAGCGCCUUGGUCGGAUAGUCUGGGAGCAUUGUUUCUAUCCCGCGCCUCGACCCGCUGCCGUCAAGCAGAUGCUCGAAGUUCCAUUCUCCUCGGCGUCGUGGGACUUGCUCAAUAAAUUGGUACUUUCACCUUCUCGAUCACUCACUUUACCUCUGCAAGCAACCGCCGCCGACGUACUUCUCGUUCGCUACGUUCAGGAAGGGCGGUACGUCGACGCGCUUCGCCUGGACGCCCUUCUCGAUGCGACGUCGGUUGGAAGCGCGAGCGCUGGUGUCCAUGAAGUCGCAAUGCGGGGUGUACUAGUGGAGAAGAGGAAACGGUUACUUCAAGGCGUGCAGGCUCUGCUGCCUGUCGUGCAGAAGAAGCUCCUUGACCUCGAGCUAGGUUUCAUCGAAGAGGCGGACGAUGAGGAUGCUGAAAGUCAAGAUAAGGAGCAGGCUGCUAGCAGGAAUGGUUUGCAAAUGUCGUGGGAGAAUGUCUUCCCGCCCACCUCCGCAGCGCAUGGCCUCUCUUUGGAUGAACUUUCGUCAUCAAAGGCGGCACCGACCAAAAAGUCGCAUCAGCCGUCACGUCCACUCAGUGCUUCGCCUCUCCUUCGACAGUCGCCAUACAACGGAUCGGAUCCACAGAUGGCCGUUCUGACCGCGGUCGUCCGCUCUUCAGUCUCGCCAUCACAAAAGCCCAGCGAAGCCUUCAGGCGCAGGGCACGACUGUCUGGAGGAGAUGACGCCUCUCAUGACAAGCAGCUGUCUGGUUUCCUUGCGCGCAAUAGGCCCUCGCAGACGCCCACGAGAUCCGCGAUGUCUGUCACUCCGGACACGACCGCGGCGGAUAUAACCAGCGUGCUCAAUGCUCGCUCGCCUUUUGUUGCUCCACCGAACGUAGCACCCGCCCCCGUUUCGUCCGGGGCCUCGCUUGACAUAGGGCAAGACGAACCUUCUUGGUGGGGUAUGGGAAGUGAAGCGCCUUCCGUGUUUAGCGCCACGCCUGGCUCGCUAUUCGAGGCCCCUCGUAGAAGGUACGAGGCCAGGUACAGCGACACAGGAGCAAGCCCUCCUGCAGGGGCUCCGUCUACACGCCAGAGCCCGGGCCUUCGAUUAACGCCAGACUAUCGUAAGCGUUUUCAAGGCGCAGACAACACUGCUUCACCUGGCUUUGGCACAGAUGCCUCGAUGAUAGAGGAUGAGAUCAUUCCCCUUGCGCCGAGCAAGAGUCGCAUCGCUAUUAAUCAAAAGCAAAUACCAUCAUCCCAUCCGCAGAUAAGGCCGAAAGAGCCAUCACCUGGGCCAGCAUCGCCUCCUGUGCGCCGCAGGUUCGGCUUAUCCGCACGCGCCAUCAGGGGAGGCGUGGAUGACUCAAGCUCGAGCCGUCCUGCACCAAGCGCACUUCGCUCAGAGGUCAACAUGCAGGUGGACCAUGAUGAUGACGAUGUCGCAAACAAGACCAUCCCUGGUGGUUUCCCGGGGCUCUCAGAGAGAGCAGAAGACGAAGCUGGCACACAAGCGAUGGAGGGUGAGCAAAGACCUGCUGCGAAGCGCAAACACUCAUCACGCUCCCAAGCCACUCAAGAGGCUGAAUCGACGAACAAGACUCCACGCAAAGCUGGCGUGCGUGCGUCGCGCUCUGCUGCAGCCAUCGCGGCGAGCACGCCGCGUCGUCGCACCCGUCAACUGACUGUGGAGCUCGAAUCGCAGGCAGGGUCUGACGGCGAAGAGGCGCAGCCGAGCACCCAUAUGGAACCGCCCAUCUCGAGCACACCGCUUCAACAAGCGCGCAAGUCCGGCAGGACCCGCCGAAAGCAAGCAACUUCCGAUCCCGAGCUCGAUUCCGUGUCGGAAGCGACGCAGACCGGUGAUGACGAGGACGGGGAAGACCAGGAGCGAGACGCAGUCGGCGAGUUGGUACCCAGUACCAGUGGUGGCAAUGUGCGCCGCAGCGGUCGCAAUGCUGCGGGGCGCGGAGCUUCUUCGCGCGUGGUAACGAGCACCAAGCGUAGGAGCGCCAGACUGAGCACUGUAUCGCCCGAGCGAGAGCUAGGGGAGACACCGCAGGACGCUAAGGAGGAAGGGGCCGAGGACACUGUCCACGAGCGGCCGCGUAGGAGGGGAGCAAGUACAGGUCGACGCACACGAACGCAAAAAUAAAAUGUGUAAUGCAGUCUGCAACUCAGCUCAGG